GCGCCCCAGUUUUGUUGUGUACCUUUUGCUACUACUCCCUGCUAUCUGGCUGCUGCAACUGCACCAGUAUGACGUCGCGCGGUCUGAGCAGCCGACUCAGAACACUACCGGCUCCGAAGGCAGCACCCUGGACAACUUGCUGAAUAUCGAGGAGACCACGUGGAUAGUCGUGAUCCAGGAGACGCUUAUCUACGUGCUGCUGUUCGGCCGCUGGCUCAACGACGACGUGGCCGGCAAGAAUCUUUCGCAGCAACUCAUCAACUUCCUGGCAAGCGCCUCCGACAUCAUGGAGCUGUACGCGCUAUUCGACCUGCCCGACGUGCAGACGCACUUCACCAGCACUAUUGCUGUGCUGGCCAUCUGGUCGAUGAGUUUCAUCCAGUUUAUUCCGGUUCUUACCAAAACCAUACACCGUCAGAAUGCAGUGGCCGACUCGUCUCCACCGUCCAUCGAAGCGGGAGAAAACAAAAAAUCAGCUCCAAGUUCGCGGAAUUUCCAUAUAGCGGAAGUUGUCUUGACCUUCCUCUUCCAAGACGGGCCGUUCCUGGCAGUACGUCUGUUCAUCAUAAUUAACUUCAACACAAUAUCGCAUAGCUUGGUUUUCUUCGUGAUCAAAAACGUCGUCACAAUUAUGUUGCUGAUAUACCGCCUCGCUGUGUUAUUAAAGGCUAAGCCCGGAAAGAAACAACAGUAAUGUAAUAUGAGACAACAAUCGAGCCUCGUUGUAGGAAAUCUGAGCGUAAUGUUUGUGAUAAAGUAUUGUCCU